GGUUGCUUAGGAAUAGGUGAGGAUUCCAUAAUAAUCCAUAUACAGAACCACAUAUAUUUUCCAUCUAAGUUAGUCCUAGAUAUCAGAGAGUGUGAGAAGCUUUCCAGACCUCAGAUAUGGAUAUUUCUCAUAGAAUGGUUAUUCCGUCCUUAUUGUUUGUGCUUUUCAUCAUACACCUCGGAGAAGGCCACAAUAGUUCUCCCAAAAUACGGUGCGGAGAAGAUGGUCCAGUCAUCCAAUUUCCUUUCCAACUCAAAGACAGGCUAUCCUGGCUUUGAUCUCUACUGCAAUGAUAAAAAUGAUACUGUGCUUGAGCUGCCUACUUCAGUAAAAGUCUUUGUCAAACAAAUUGAUUACAAAUCUCACUUAAUUAACGUAACUGACUCCGAUAAUUGCUUUCCACGGAAAAUUCCGAGACUCCAUUUAUCUUCCCCUCCUUUCCACUUCAAAAGAUCUCUUCAUAACUUUUCCCUUUUCAAUUAUACGCCAUAUACAGAAUCUGAUUAUCUGGUCCCUUGUCUUAGUAGCUCUUCAACUUCAGUUUUUGCAUUUCCUUCGGAUCGUGACAUCAACGACUUGCCCAUAUUAUCAGGUACAAAGAUGUAUAGCGUUUCAUCAGUUCCAGAUGGUAUAUGGGAUUCUCCUUUUCUUGAAUUGACAUGGUCCGAACCGAAGUGCGGAGACAAAGGUAGAUCAAGAAAAAUAGUGACCACUGGUAAGUUUUCCAUUGGCCAUUUGAAAAUUCUGUGUAAAUUACCUUUUGUUUUCUUGACUCAUGAAUAUUUAAUAUGUAGUUUCCAUCUUGGGAUCGUUUCUUUUGACACUAGUAGUCUAUGCACUCUACUGUGUCUACUGCUAUGACAAAACAGAAAAAGAAAAUCAAGCUAGGAUUGAAAUUUUUUUGGAGGAUUACAAAGCUCUCAAGCCCACAAGGUACUCAUAUAACGAAGUUAAAAGAAUUACAAAUCAAUUUACUGAGAAGUUAGGACAAGGAGCCUAUGGAACAGUGUUUAAAGGAAAGUUGUCGAAUGAAAUCCAUGUAGCCGUGAAGAUCUUGGACAAUUCCAAGGGCAAUGGGGAAGAAUUCAUAAAUGAAGUGGGAACAAUGGGUAGAAUCCACCAUGUUAAUGUUGUUCGCUUGGUUGGCUUCUGUGCUGAUGGAUUUAGAAGAGCUCUAGUUUAUGAGUUCUUACCAAAUGAUUCACUGGACACUAGUAGUCUAUGCACUCUACUGUGUCUACUGCUAUGACAAAACAGAAAAAGAAAAUCAAGCUAGGAUUGAAUUUUUUUUGGAGGAUUACAAAGCUCUCAAGCCCACAAGGUACUCAUAUAACGAAGUUAAAAGAAUUACAAAUCAAUUUACUGAGAAGUUAGGACAAGGAGCCUAUGGAACAGUGUUUAAAGGAAAGUUGUCGAAUGAAAUCCAUGUAGCCGUGAAGAUCUUGAAGAAUUCCAAGGGCAAUGGGGAAGAAUUCAUAAAUGAAGUGGGAACAAUGGGUAGAAUCCACCAUGUUAAUGUUGUUCGGUUGGUUGGCUUCUGUGCUGAUGGAUUUAGAAGAGCUCUAGUUUAUGAGUUCUUACCAAAUGAUUCACUGGAGAAGUUCAUUUCCUCAGUAGAUUCUAACCGUUUCCUUGGUUGGGAAAAGCUACAAGACAUUGCUCUCGGCAUAGCAAAAGGAAUUGAAUAUCUUCACCAAGGAUGUGAUCAACGAAUCCUCCAUUUUGAUAUUAAACCUCAUAAUAUUUUGCUAGACCAAAAUUUCAACCCAAAAAUUUCUGAUUUUGGUCUAGCCAAGUUGUGUGCAAAAGAUCAAAGUGCAGUGUCCAUGACCACAGCUAGGGGGACCAUGGGUUACAUUGCACCUGAAGUGUUCUCUAGGAACUUUGGGAGCGUGUCUUACAAAUCAGAUGUUUACAGUUUUGGAAUAUUGUUGCUUGAAAUGGUUGGAGGUAGGAAAAAUGUUGACAUAACCGUGAAGAACACUAGCCAAAUAUAUUUCCCAGAAUGGAUCUACAAUUUGUUAGAGCAAAAAGAAGACCUACGAGUCUAUGUUGAGGAUAAUGAAGAUGCUAAAAUUGCAAAGAAACUCGCAAUUGUGGGACUCUGGUGCAUCCAGUGGCACCCAGUGGAUCGUCCUUCAAUGAAAGUUGUGGUCCAAAUGUUGGAAGGAGAAGGAGAUAAGUUAUCCAUGCCUCCUAAUCCCUUUGCAUCUACAGGCCCUACAAGAAUCAAUGUAAAUAUGCCUGCAGGGCGUCUGAACCAGGAGUUAGAAGUCAUCCUAGAAUCAGAGCAGGAGUCCUCGACAAUCAGAAAAGUUGUAAUCAUUUUGUACUCAAGGACUAAAAUUAUUAACUUUGUGGUCAAUGUAGGGACUUCAAGUUUUCUUAUAUCAGGUUUAAGCAAAAUUAUACUUAUAAAAAUGUAUUGCUUAAUUCCUAUUGAGAAAGUAAAGAAUAUACAGUUAAUUUUUCAUUGUUUAUUGAUGUUUUUAUAUUUUUAUAAAAUUUCAUAGUUUCAUAGAAUAAGG